AUGACGCUCCGAUCGACGACGAGCCUCCCCAAGAACGUCCGGCCGGCGAGAGCUUCCAGCGGCCGUGAGGCGUCGCGCGACGCCGACGCAUCAUCGUUGGCUGUUGUAGGCGCGGGCGGCGCCAUCGAGGAGGCUGACGCGGUGGACACGUGCACGCUGUGCCAGCAGCGCCACACCCUGCGGUAUGAGUGCGAGCAGUGCCGCCGCUUCCAGCGCAUCCCCCACCCAAUGUACCGCUACCAGCCGACGCCGCAGCAGUUCGGCGACGUGUCGCGCGUCCACCCCGAGGACGUCCUUGCGGUCCCCGCUGACGAUGCGCCCGAGGGCUGGGGAAUGCGCGAGGCGUGGUUCGACGCCGUGCGCGAGCAGCGGCGGCGAGAGGGGCGGGCAACGAUGGCGGGUCGGGAGAGGCCCGAAUUCUCAGCCCGCCACGCCGGCCGCGAGCUGCGGCUCCUUCUCAUCGCCGCCGCCUUCCUGGCGGCCGCGGCCUUCGACCUGUCUACGCUGCCCCCGUGGGCGCGGUGGGCGGGCCUCGCCGUCGCGGGCGUGUACAGCUGGCGGCGCGUCUAUGUCGCGAACGGGCGCGUUCUCAACCCGCCGGCUUAG